AUGGCAACAACAGCAGCCGGUAUCCAACAAAUAGAGGAGACCAGACCACUGCUGUCGCGAGAACAACAAGAGGAUUCCACGGCAACGGCGCGCCAUCUCAGGUCAUUAGGAACAACUGGAUUAUUCGUUAUGCUCUUAUCCUCAUUCGCUCAUUCAUGUGCUUCAGUCGCAGUGAAAUGGAGCAGUUCCACUUUCCCAUCAUUUGAGAUUGUCUUUGCACGAUCCCUGUUUCAAACCUUACUCGGCCUUGUGGGAUGUCUGUGGGUUCGAGCUAACCCAUUGGGUCCGCCAGGAGUACGUCGCUGGAUCGUCUUUUCUGGUCUGUUGGGCACCUUGGGUGCUGCGUGUCUCUAUUAUAGCUUGUCAAAUUUGCCACUUGCAGAAACUACAAUCGUCAUCUACCUGUACCCUACGCUGACAGCCAUCAUGGCAGCACUUUUUCUUGGUGAACCCUUUGGAUGGUGGGACACCCUAUCUGCAACCUUGUGCAUGGUGGGUGCAGUACUCGUCUUUAAACCAUACAUACUGUUCGGUAGCAGCAGCAGCAAGAAGCAACCCUCGAAUGAUGGUAGCAAUAAUACUGCAAUUGCAGCGUUAACAGCAAUUCUGUGUGUCUUUUUUGCCUCUUCAGCAUAUACUGCUGUACGCAAAGUAGGCACUCGCACUCACUUUUUCUCUUUGACUUUUGUUACUGGAUGCUUUCUUUGUCUUGUGAGCCUUCUUGUCGCCUUGUUUGGGUUCCAAGCGUUCGUGUUUCCCCACGACUUGAAGAGCUGGAUGAAGUUCAUUUCGAUCGGUAUUGCUUCUUCAGCGCAACAGUGUUUAGCGAAUCUAGGUGUUCAGUUGGCGCCUGCUGGAUCAGCAACGCUUAUGUGCAUGAACGAUAUCAUCUUUGCAUUUAUUUUUGGCAUCCUUUUAUUUGACGAAUAUCCAGAUGCCAUCAGUAUCAUUGGCGCCAUCUUGAUUAUUGUAAUGACUAGUAGUGUGGUAGCCAUCAAUAAAUAG